AUGGCAGCUAUUCCUCCUGGUAUCCGCCUGCUGGUGUCCUUCGACAGGGACCAGUGGUGAGUAUCGGUCUGAUUGUUUGUGUUUGUUUGGAUAUCGUUUUUUCUGUUAGUCCUUUCAAGUUACGUUGUCGCAUUUUUUCAACCAGUGCUGUUACUACAACUUUCUAAUUAGAGACUUUCCUGGAAAGCCGGUUAUUCAAUCAUAAGCGGCUUUCCAGACUGUUAGUCCAAGAAGGUUAUUUUUUUCAAGACACUAAAAGGUUUUUCCAGCCCAUAACCGUCUGAGUUUCUAUAGCUGUUUCCACUGUAAAGUCCUCUAAAGAUUAGGCAAUUUGGUCUGCGGACUUGUGAAAAGCUGCACCAGGUUUCUGCAGGUCACCAGUGCACAAUGCUGAAACUGUUUGGCAGUAGUUAUCAAAUCCAUUAGUCUAUAAAUACAGUAUCAACCAUGAAGCGUGACAUCCUGUUUCCAAUAGUGCUCAAAUCUAAAGUCAGCGUUUCUGAGCCUGCUGUAAAUAUUCCUCCAAGCCAGAGAAGUUUGUGACCUUCCACAGCAUGACACCGGUCAGACCAUUUGUUGCUCAGCCAGUCCUGGACCCGCUCCAAACACUCGAACAGGCAGAAUUGUUUGGCACGACGCAAUCCAACUUUUAAAGCCCCAGCACUUUUGGAAGGUGUUACUCGGAGGUCAGGGAUCUUUGUGGAGGUGAAUCUAGGUCUCUGAGGCUUUUUGUCCCUGGUGUGGAAAAGCACUAAACUCCUCAGGAAGUUCAUAGUUCCUGGAGAAGUUCCAGAUAUGGAAUUAUAGAUCCCUGCUCUGGAAUUAUAGUUUUCCAGAGGUAUAUAGAUUUAUGGUUGGGAUUUGACAUUUCUGAUUGAUGUGCACAGAUGUGUCUCUUUCAGUGGAAACACGUGAUAAUGGAAACCUGGAACUUUAAGAUCCUUUUAAAGCCGUACCAGGAAUUAAAAGGUCUUUAGUAGUCUAGGUGUGAAGAUAGCUUCAGUUAUCUUUGUGAGAGAAGGAGCAUACUUGUGGUCUAGUGAGCUGAGCGAGUUAAGAAAAGACAGUGGUACGAUAUUACAACAAGGAUGAGAGUAAAGCAGGAAAUACUGCAUUCUAGUCAGGGCUGCUACCAAAACACAGCCUGUGGAAGUCACACUGGUGGCAUUACGCCUGUUUGUUCUGUACAGUUUGUACACAAAUGUGCUUGUUAAGAAAAUAUGAUCCAUUCCCUGAAAACAUACAAACAUUAUUAUACUUGGGUGGUAAUGCUUCAUGGACUGAGCUCCCUUAUAAUUCAGUUUAUUAUGGCACUGAUGUGUUUAUAUAGCACUGAAUUUCAAAGAAGCAGCUCAGUCAGUUAAUGAAAACACUUGUAGACAUCAUCAUCAUCAUCUAUGUUAAUGGAUUACUAAAACUGAAACACGGCUUGUACAAAAGAGAUUAAUAAUUUCCUUUACAGUCACUCAGGAUGCUCGUUUGGUCCCUUUAACAGGAUGGAAAAUAAGACUUAAAAUUUGAUUUAAAGAGUAAUCUUGUUUAUUUAGAUCUUUGAUUACUCACAAACUCUUGACCUGCAGUGGUAAAUUAGGAUUACAAAUGAUCAUUUGACAGCUCAAGUAUUAAAUCAGUCUACAUCUGACAGAGCAGGUAUGUUGACAGACAGUCUGAAUGAAGCUUUAAUUUCCUGUUAACGUAGUUCAAAGGUGAAGUAGUUAAUGUUUCCCAAGCAGAAGUCUUCCUUUAAACAAAUAUUUGGCGCACUAGAGAGAAAUAAAAGCUCCAGGUCAGAGACAGUGUGAUUGAGUUGGUGCGUGAUUGGACUCAUCUUUGGGUUCUGUGUAUAAUAAGACAAAUAUGGAGUAACUCAGCUUGUUUUCUUUUUUAAACCUAAACUUAGCAUCAAAUACAUUAGACAUCUCUUCAUCUGUGCCCUUUGAGGUUGGACUUCAGAUUUAAAUCAGCAGGUUAAUAUGUAACAAACCUGGACUCAAAUAUAGUCUUAAUGACGGAGGCAGUGAGAUGACCCUUAGAUAAGUCCGGCACGUUUUUAUGAACUGUUUAUUUCCAGGGUUUGUUUGAAGUACCAGGAAGUUUUCCUGGAAUAUAUCCGUCUCCUGGAGAGGAGGAAGUCUGCAGAAAUGCCCAAAUUUGCGUUACGUCUUGUAAAAGCUGAUCUUCUUUGUAAUGCCAAACACUUUAAAUGCUGUAGUGCCAGAUUACAAAGUGUCAAAAACCUGAAGUAACUCCCUUAGCUGGAGGGUAAAUUCCUCCUGUAAUGGAGCGUGUGUCUCCUUUGCCCUGAGCAUGACAGAGUCCUCCUAUAAGUCAGCUCCCUGGAGCCCAUACAGCAUCCAGUAAAGAAAUCCAAACCUGGAGUGGAGAGCUGAGCUUACAGGAGGCUGAAUGGUGCCUCUAUGUGCAGGACGCUUCAGUGGAUUAGUGCACAGGCUUGAUUAACCAUCCGUGCAGUGACACAAGUUCUGCCCUGGCUUAUGUUCAGAUCUUAUUUCCCAUCAUGCAGUUUCUAUAACCGGGAUACUUCUUAUUUAUCCGCUCUUCACUUUCUUCCACCUUGAGCUCUGAUGCAGAUGAUCUGAUCACUGCUGCUGUGGUGUCCUGCAUCUGUAUCCCAAAGUGAAAUUUCCUCGUGUAAGAAAGACACGUGCAAAUGUGCAUCGACUUUUAACAUGUCUGUAUUUGUCAAGUUUAUGUGUUUAUAUGUCUUUUUAUGUGUGUACUCCCAAAAGCCUGGGCAGCAGAUGUGGAUAAAUUGUAAUCUUGCAUCAUAGUUUGGCUGAAUAACUUUGUUUUAUUGCCCUCAGUGAUCCCAGAGCAGUAAAAUCAGAAGUACUGCUCUCUCUCUGUGAACGUGAAGCAACAUGCUUGUUGUGCCUAAUGUGAGAUUGCUAUUAUAGACAAUUAAGUUGAGGUUUUGAGUUUUUGCUUCUCCAUUUGUCGUCUUGUUAUUUGUUUUUGAUGUCCUUACAUGCUGUCAGGGGGAUCGGAGCAGUAAUAGUUUUCGUCAUCGAGCUGGACGGGGGAUUUUAAACCACAAACAUAAUCGGCUCCAAACUUAUUGAGCCUUUACACGCAGCUUUUACCAAGAUUGUCGCACUAGAAUUAUCUUGUGUUUUAUAUCGCUUAAGUUCAUCAUAAAUCCCAUUAAUGCAGCCUGAUUUCAGAACUUCUGUAGCAACAUCUCGCCCCUGCCUCGAUGUGUGGCCUCUGACUUCUAUCAACCUGCAGACUCACUCUGGAGCGAGCUCACAGCCCUCCAGCUGUUGCAUAAGAAUUCCGACAUUCAUCCGUCUCCAAUGUCCGGAGCAGAGCCUGAAAAACCACUUUACCACCUCAACUGCAGCCGACUGUUUGCUCUCCGUCCUGCUAAUGAUCACUGUGCAGCUCCUCAUUAGUCGACACACACACACUUACACACACAUCAGACGAUUUUUGUUUUUUUUAUCAGGACAAAUCAGAAUGCUCUGGGUAAAUGUAAAAACCACAGCGCAAAGAUUAAGUGAGCAAACAUGACAAAGAGAUAGGGCAAGUGCACACUGAAGUUACAGGAUAUCCUGUCCCCCACGGAGGAGUUUGUUGAAGGGUGUAAUAAAAAUAUAAUACGUUUGGCAGCGUCAGGUUUACACUGAGCCCGCAGGCGUCUGCAACAGAUCCUCUGCCUUUAUUCUUCUAGCUCCUCACGGCCAGCAUGACCACAUUGUGAUGAUCCGCUCCCUUCAGUCUGCUCGGUGAAAGAAGAACUCUGCGCGACUCGAGUCUCUCUACGUAUUUGAGCCACACCUUAAUGAUUGUUGUCUUUGUUCAUCUAAUAAUAUCUCUUUAUUUUUCUUCUCCUCUGGCGUGGGUUUUAGUAGUCAGCCAAAAGCAGGAGGUUCAAUCAGCUGUAGAGUGCGUCACCCUUAACAUAACUGGUGAUGGCACAUGCUGUAUGUUUGCUUGUUACAUAAUAGGACAGGGAGGGAAACAAAGUCAACAAGGCACAUUUAAGUAUCUGUUAAUGUUCGACACACACUCCUAAAUAUCAUCAGCUGCUUCCUCUGAGACGUGGAGUUUUAUUAAAAAACUUUUAACAUGUUAUAUUAGAUAUUUAAGAGCAAAUAAAGCAGGUAGAAAAAUACAAAUGAAGCUCAUUACAUGUGCUGAAUGUUGACUCAGCUCUCAGUGCUGCCCUCUGGUGUCUGUUCUCUGCAGGUACAGAGCUCUCACCUUCAUCCUCACCUUCCUGCUCUACACCAGCUUCCACCUCUCCAGAAAACCCAUCAGCAUCGUCAAGGUAACCAAUGCUUAUUAUUAUGAAUCCAAGCACUUACUCACAAAGCCUGACCCAGUUUCCCACACACUAUGAUGAAGCUCAGACUUAUGAAGUUCAGACUUAAUUUGAACUUAAUUUCUCUGAGGUAGGUAUUACAUGUUCUUGCACAGGUCACCCAAACCUAAAAUAUCUACAAACCGACUUUCUCACCUCUACAUGUUGUUUUCUGUUUGACUGAAUUUUGUUCUUGUCGCUUUGAUUUACAGAGUGAGCUUCAUAAAAACUGCUCAUCUGUCAGUGAGCUGGCCACCGUUGUUUCCAGCAGCGGCAGCAGCAGCCCACAGACCCCUCUGCCGUCCCUCCACACCGACGUGGACUGCAGCUGGAAGCCUUUUGGUUCGUGUUUACAGUCGAUAGUAAAUGGUUUUGAAGCCGUCUUAGACGUUGAUGCUCGGCCUUCAGAACUGUCUUUAUCUACUUUUUACUUAACACUGGGGAAAACUUGAAUAUUCAAAGCAGGAGAAAACACUCUGCUGCCUUAAUUUUGCUCUCUUAAGCUUUGAUUUAAAACCUGUUUCGAUUAAAACCAAGAACACAUCUGAGCCCACCUACCCUGGAUUAAACUAUUUUAAUAUUCUCAGAUAAGAGGAACUACAAACAGCUGCUAGGAGCCAUGGACUACUCCUUCCUCUGUGCCUACGCAGUGGGAAUGUACCUCAGGUAAGAGAAGGAAAGUUGUGUUUAUCACAGAGGUGAAAACAAACAUACAAAGAAAAAAUAAUAAUAAUAAUGUGAGAAGAGCCAAAGUGAACUGAAUCAUGAAGUAAGAAAAGCAAACAAAGAUAUCAAACUGCAAAUAUGUACUUAAAAAGCAACAUUUAUCACACACAGAGUUUAUUUCUUAUGGAGUAUGUUUUAAAAACUCAUUUUUCAUUGAAAGGUUAUGAAACUGAGUUUUAAUGACGAGCUUUAAUACUGACAAUAAUGUGAUCAUCAUGAUGUCAUGUCUUUGCAGCGGCAUCAUUGGGGAGCGCCUGCCGAUCCGGCUCUUCCUGACAUUUGGCAUGCUGACCAGCGGCCUCUUCACCUGCCUGUUUGGACUGGGUUACAUCUAUAACAUCCACAGCCUGGGCUUCUAUGUGUUUGUCCAGGUGAGACACCUUAUCGAAUUAUAAAAUUACAGAAUGGUUAACCUGACAGCAGAGGGGAUAAUGCUGUUCCUGACAGAGAAAUCUGAAGGUCAUGUGCCAUAACUCGAUCUGGGAGGGUGGAGUAUUUUGUCAUGACUUUGGUAUGUACUGCAAAGAAAUAACAAGCUGUACGGAUCGCUUUCCUGAUAAAUUUACACGCACAAAAACACACACUUCUGUACCCAUAUGUUCAUACAGGAUAUAAACUUCUUCUGUCUAACUGUAAAACUGUUACUUCUCAUGAUUUCAGGUAGCAAACGGUUUAGUCCAAACCACCGGCUGGCCCAGUGUGGUGACCUGCAUCAGCAACUGGUUUGGAAAAGGAAGGUAAGAGCUCAUCAGAGUUUGUAGACCUUUUGUUAAAGUGAGGACAGACCUUUUAAAAGCAGACUAACUAUCGACAAUAACAGCUGUUUCAUCUUGCUGAACUACAGGAGUUGCAUGUCUGCUGCUGCUGUGAUCUGUUAGUCUGUGGGGAUCCUGUCAAAGCUGUUUUAAUCAGGGUUUAUUACAUUUUAGGACUCACAGCUUCAUGUCUGCUUUGCUUCUCUCAGGCGUGGACUCAUCAUGGGACUGUGGAACUCACACACCUCAGUGGGAAACAUCCUGGGCUCUCUGAUCGCCGGAUACUGGGUCUCCACCAACUGGGGCAUGUCCUUCAUCGUACCGGGACUCAUCAUCGCUGUCAUGGGCAUCGUCUGCUAUCUCUUCCUUAUUGAGCGUAAGUGCAGCUGGUCGCUGAAGCUAAAUGGUUUGAAUUUAGAGGGUUUUUCUCCUUUAAUUGGCUUUAAUCUGCUUUAUAUUGAUGCCUUUCAGUUUCCAAACAGAUCCAGCUCUGAGACGAGCUUCACAGAUGAACAUGGAGGAGUUUAAUAUUAACUGCUUAUCAUCUUUUUCUCAAACUUCAGAUCCCAAUGACCUGAAGAGCAUGUAUGCUCAAAAUGUAUCACCAUCUACAAGUGUGAGUAAAGUUUUUUUUUUAAUAUAUAUUGUGUCUCUUUACAUUGUCAUUAAUGUGCUCUAACUUCUGCUCUCAGACUUUGCUCUCCUGUCUGUCAUGAUCAGUCAAGAAAUCUAACAAAACUUUGUCUAAAAUGCUUCAGGCUCCAACCAAGAGUUGGAACGGUGUGAACGGACACACGGAGCUGUAUCUGCAAUACAAGGACAACAAAACACAGGUGUGUGUAACCAUGAUUGUGUGUGUUAACAUUUUUAAUUCAGGGAAAGUCUCUCUUUGUAAAUCUGUUAUUUAUGAGUAGAAACUAUAUUUUAUAUGAAUAUUUACCUCCAACUUUGGAUUUUUUACUGUCAAAUACUCCUAUUAAUACAUAUUCUUUUGCACACAACAACAACAACAACAACCGUUUUUCUUCUUCUUCAUCAUCCAACCAACAAAAACAAACACAUGUAUGUUACUAGUUUGUCCAGUCUGUUCUGCUGUAGAAAUAAGAAAGUGAUUUCCAUAGGAGACCAGCUCCUGUGUUGAUAUAAAAGACUCAUUUCAAGUUCACAAAAACAAAGAUAUUUAUGCACUCAGGUAAUUAAGAACUAAUCUAAAUAUACCUUUUAACACAAUAACCUGUUUCUACUUUACUAUAGUAUUUCUACUUUAAUACCACUAAAAAUUUAACACUCAGACCUUAAGUCUGUCGAGUCUUCAGAAGCCAAAGCUCGAUUACAGGGGAAAGCCCCUGUCAAAGUCGCCCCCUGCUGGCAGUUUAAAAGAAUGCAAAGUGAAAAGUUUUAAUCUUUUUGUGGUCUACAUUCUCUGAGGUUUUGUUUUCAUUUCCAUUGCUGCAGUAAGUUCCACUUUAACAUGUCUUUGUAAUCUGUUCAGGGCAACUUCUAUUACACGGAUAGUAUUCAGAACAGGAAGGUCAGUUCUUUUGUGCUUCGAGGUGUCUGAUGGUUGCUUCAGGUGCAGUCGGUCUGUCGGAUAUUUUGGGAUGCUGGUUGAAUUAUUAAAAAUGUUUUUUUUUAGCUGAAUACAGAUGUCACCCUCCUGGAUUUGGCAGCACAUUAGUCAUACACAGACACACACUCUGUGAGAUCUGUGUGAACAAACCUGUGGGCCAUCAAGUGCCAGAAAGGGGGACAUUUGGCUUCAGCCUCUGGGUUUCUUUUUGGACCAUUACCUUUUUUUUUUGUCUUUUGGAGUGAAAGUUGGGUUGGGUCUACAACAUGCACACGAAAACCCUUCCCAUUUAUCACACCAAACAGGCUGAAAUGAUCAGAGCUUCACGCUUUUGUUUACGGUAUUAGAAGUAAGCCUCCUGCUGUUUUAAAAGCCUUCCUCUACAAUCAAGAAUCACAAUCACUUCAAAUUCCCAAUUUGGCUAAUUUAUCUCUGUUCCUCUCCUAUUUGUUGUCAGAGGUCGCCAUUCAGUUGUCUUAAUCAGGUAAUAAAAUCUUUGGGUUUGAGGUCUCUGACAGAAAAACACGUCCUCUCACUGAGAGUGCUUCAGCUUUCAUUCAACAAUCAUGUUUCAGGCUGGACGGAUGAAAAAUCUCCCUGCAGGUCCUGAUCAUCGCUCUGCACCUCCUUCUCUCUCUCUUUCUGUCUGCAGAGUUUCGACACGGAGCUGCUGUUACCCAGAGACAGUGUGUGCGUCCCUGUGCAGCCAGUCGUGGUGGUGAAGAGGGAAUCUGAGCCGUCUGCUAUCAGCUUUAUGGGAGCUCUACGGAUACCGGUCAGUCCUACAAACACAUCCAGAACUAGGAAUCGAAAAAACUGCCUCCCUAUUUGAUAAGACAACUUACAGCCAAAGAUUUCAAUGAGGAUCAACUGUGGGUUUUACCUGCCUCUUCCCCUCAGAUAUGUCUGCAAAGUUAACGCUGUUAUUUCUUGGUUUAGUUUUAGUAAGUUACCAGAGACUUCACUCUGGUCUUCUUCAGUCAUAUGAACCCAAAAAAGAGAGACCAAUUUUUUUCAUAAGGCUCAAAGUUUGACAAGUUCCGUGGAGAAGAAAAGGAGACAUUAUUUAAAAUGUUAAAUUGUUGAACCGAGGUCCGAUCCAUUGUUUCAGAAUCAGGAAAUCUUCAUGAUAAUUUGCUUUUUCCACGCAGCAGCCAACAGAUUUAUGUCUCAGUGUAAAGACUGAUGUAGAACAGAUUGUUAGCUACACUUAUGUGCAGAUAUCCGUUUAUGUGGAUGUCAUUGUGGAUCAUGUUCUGCCUGAUUUUGCUCUCCAUAGGGACAGUUUUUCCUUCAGACACCAAAAGCCGCAGAUGCUUAAAAGGUCAACACUGCUUCAACUAUAAACCUGCUACUACUGCUACAAAAAAAUCUUUCUAUACCAAAAAACAGACAGAUUCAGCAUUUAAAGAUGCGUUUCUGUACAUUGAUUGGUGGUUAAAAGUACAUGUCACAUACAAAGUUCAUCUUCAUCCUGAUCCAUCAUCACCUCCUUUGUCCUCCUCUCUGUUUGUUUGAACUCCUCUUCAUUUUUGUUUCCCUUCGUCUAGCCUCGCUGUUUGCUCUCUGAUGUGGCGUCUCUCCUCUGAGUAUCCGUGUGUUUGCUCGCCAAAUCACUCACCCAAACUUUUCUUCAGGCUGUGUUUAAAUACAAUUACAGUAACUAUAUUCGGUCAACAUGCACAUCAUCAAGCUGUCAUCACGUGUGGCAAACAAACCCCGAUUAAACAACCAGAAAUUGACAUUUGAGGACACAAGAAAGGAAGAGGACAGUGGAGAAGAGUUUAUCAUGUCUGUAUCAGUGUGCAGAUCUUCUGCAACAUAUCAAAAUAAAAGUCAUUUUUUUUAAAGUCACAAGUUCAAUACUUACAAUAUUUAAUACCAUAAUAAGAUGUAUGUCAGUGUUAACUCACUUGAGAAGCAUCACUUGGUCUUUAGAUGAGAUCAGAUCUAUAGAAAUCACAGAGAUGUCUGUAUUUGAUUCUAAACAUGUAUCAGAAAUAAACAACCCUCCAACUUGGCCUUUUACUCUUUGACAUUUUGAAGGGUUACGGAGCAGAGUUUGAGUUUUUGUUGAGCAGGACACUAACAUCCUUGUGUGUGUGUUCUUUGUGUUUCUGCAGGGAGUGAUCGAGUUCUCCCUGUGUUUGCUGUUUGCUAAGCUGGUCAGCUACACCUUCCUCUUCUGGCUGCCGCUCUACAUCACCAAAGCAGGUGAGGGGGACCAAACACAGAUACCAGUCGCUUUGUAUUUUCAUUUGGAGACGAUAGGACGGACUCUCUCAGAUUUAAUCUCCUUCAAUAUUAUCAAAUACAUUUGUUUAUCUAUUUCAGAGUUUAACAGAUGUUUCUUCUUCUGCGCUUUUUUCACAUUACAUUAUCUGCCAUGUCAUCUAUCAGCUGGAACAGUCUCCCCGUCUGUCAGCUCCGUCUGUCCGUCUCAAUAAUGUCACAUUGUUCUUGUGCGGCAUUACGGCGUGUAGGCAGACCAGCCCACUCCACUUUAUUAUCACCACUUAUGUGUAGGACUAAAAGCCUUGACAGGAAGAGAAUUGAAAUGAUGGAUAAUUGUGUUACUUUGUGUGUGUGUGUGUGUGUGUGUGUGUGUGUGUGUGUGUGUGUGUGUGUGUGUGUGUGUGUGUGUGUGUGUGUGUGUGUCAGCUCACCUCGAUGCAAAGAAAGCCGGAGAUCUCUCCACCCUGUUUGAUGUGGGAGGAAUCGUGGGUAGGUGCUUUUAGCAUUUCUCUCUUAUCUUGAUACACGCUCUCUCUGUAUUGACCCAGUUUGGUGCAUUAUUUGUAGUACGUCAGAUUUUUCCCUUGACUCACUGUGUCUCUAUGUUACAUAUAUAUGCGUGUGUGUGUGUGUGUGUGUGUGUGUGUGUGUGUGUGUGUGUGUGUGUGCGUGUGUGUGUGUGUGUGCAGGAGGGAUCCUGGCAGGCGUGAUCUCUGAUAAACUCGGGAAGAGAGCCACCACGUGUGCCGUCAUGUUGCUUCUGGCAGCUCCUACAGUGAGUCACAUCUGCUUCACCUGUGAUAUGGAGUCACCUCUAACAAGGACUCGUCCCACAAAGUCAAAAUUAUUCAACAUCAGCUUAGAAGUGACUGACGACUCUAUGCUGCUAAUUUUGUUCAGGGAGGAGAACUGAGCAGUGACUGUCUGAAAAUGUUUGUUUUAAUCGUCAUGUUUGGUGUUUGUCCCGCAGCUGUACGGCUUCUCCAUGAUCAGCGAGUUUGGUUUGGGACCGACCAUCGGUGAGUGCCAUGUCAGAGAGAGUUUAUUCAUAUAAUGAUCAACAGAGAAACAUCCACAGUCUUCACAGCACUCCUCACUCAAUCAAGUCUGUGUCCUGAUAUGAUCUCAGAGCUCCACAGUGUGACCGUUUCACUCAAAUUUGUGACUAAAAAUAGAUGUGUACGAUCAGGCGAGGCAACAAAUGUUUUUUCAAGUAAAUACGGCGGUGAAGUUAGUUUUAGGUUGGAUAUUCGACAGACAUUCACUGCGGAUGUACCAGUGUCUUCUCACUCUCCGUAACCGGGGAUAACAACAGCAGGGGGCUGUCAACAUCGGGUGUUGAAUAAGGGACCGUCAACCAAUAAGACAAACAUUAUUUGAUCCAUUUUCACUGUGCCCCUAAAGUUCUUCAUGUGCUCCUUACUUUUUAAACUUCUGAGAACAUGUGCUCCUAGUGAAAAAAGUUAGUGUCAAGCCCUGAAUCUAGCUCUCCCUCCUUUCUCUGCACGCAUUUCUGUCACUCUCAUGUAAAGGUAAAAGGUUAAAGCAGAAUUAAUCCUUUCAUAUUUAGUCAUAGGUGAAUUUAUCAGGUAAUGUCCUAAUAUUAGAAUUUUCUCAGGAACAAAAACAGUAAAAAUCAAAUCAUAUUUACUCCUGUUUUAGCACCAUCCUAACUUCAUCUAAACUUCUGGACACUCCUGAAUGGUUAUUUUUUUAUUAUUAUUUUUUAUGCAGAGGUUUUAAGUUCACUGUCAACAAUCUGCAGGUCAGGACUCAAAUAUAUAAAGAGAUCAGGUUAGUCCACGUCCUCUCCUUUGUGCUCUCUCUUCUUCUGCAGCAGACUCAUCCGUACGUGACACAUGAAUUUUUAAGAGAUGCCAAAGGUCUGCACAAAGUGUUGGCAUUUACUGACCUUUAAAUAAGAACAGUUAGUGGUACAGUGGCUGAGGCAGGAGGACUCAGCAGGCAGGAGGAUGAGCGACUUCAGCAGCAGGCAAACAACAAACACAGGAGGAGCAACCCUCCUGUGUGUCAGUGCAGGAUCGAGGAUCUGUGUGGAUAAAUUUAACAGCUGCAAAACAAUCAGAAAAGGAGCUAGAGUGUCUGUUUCACCGCUUUUGGGUUGAAAUUUUGACUGUAAAUCACAGACACCAAAUCAUUUCCAAGUAUAGAAGUGGAUCAGAACAAAAAAGUGAGAUUUGUGUUUCAGAGUUUCUAAGUUGUAUCCGUGGUGUGUUGGUGCCUCCAUCUUUUCUUAAGUGCUCCUGAAAACUCCUUCAGAAUCAAAACUGUUCCUGCACUUGAGCUCAACACACCUCUGUGCGUCCGGGUCCAAACAAAUGAGGUCACAUGACCCGGCUAAUUUUAUCAGAGUGGCUCCUCAGCUCUGAUUUCCUGAUUAGUCGAGCCGUAAUGAUUUACGCUCGCUCAUUCAUUCACACUUUGGACCGACUGAUCACGAUUAAUUCAUUCACGCCGAGCCCCCGAUGGUCACAGCUGCAGCUCAUUAUCUCCACAAUAUGCUGAGGGGGAUCUGGAGAUGUCAUUACGGCCGACAGUGUGAGGCGAGGAGGUGCAGCUGCUGAGCAACAACAGCAGCUCUGAUGUUAUUAUCAUAACUCGCAUUGUUUUUAAGAGGCAUGGAAGCUCGAUGUUCUGCAGCCUGGAGGGUUUUCAGAUAUGACUCAUAUAGGUAUACCAUCAUCAGCAUUACAGAGGACACUGAGUCACACUCUGCACACUCCAAAGAAAGACAUGUCUCACUCUUUAAUGUUUUCUAGGGAUGCUGUUGGUGUGUGGAGGUUUGGUGAAUGGGCCGUACUCCCUCAUCACCACUGCAGUGUCCGCCGAUUUGGUAAGUGUCUUUAAAAACAGUUUUCUUAACCCCGACAUGAUUAUGAUGUUUGAUUUCACUCUCUUUCUCUCUUUGUCUCUCUGAAUCUUUUUAAUUUCAACUCCAGGGGACACACAAGAGCCUAAAAGGCAACGCCAGAGCUUUGUCCACCGUCAGCGCCAUCAUCGACGGAACAGGAUCUGUAGGUCAGUAUCAUUAGGCAGCGUGUUUCUGUUUCUGCGCUGCUUUGCUGGAGCUGCUUCACAAAGUACAGAGGUAUAAGAUCAGGAUUUAAUCUGAGCCAGACAAAUCAACCAUAGAAACGUCUCAAAACCUAAAGUAAGAACAGUUAGAUGAUCCAUGUAUUAUCUGGAGUAGAUUUUCUGGGCUGGAGUUUAUUCCAGCUGUCAUUGAGCGAGAAGCGGGGUACGCCCUGGACAGAUCGCCAGUCCAUCACAGCUGUAAACAUACAGAGACUACCAGCUGAUCACACACACACACACACAGUCACACUUCACUAUGUUUUUGGUUCACUAACAUAUACAUAAAGAAGAAAAUGUAAACUGACUUCUGCUCAGAAUCCAAACCAGGGACCUUCUUGCUCUGCCUCACUGUGCCCCAGUUUACAGGUGGAGGUGUGUUUGUGAGAUGUUGUAUCUGAUCUACUUUGUAUCUGGCGUGAGAUCCAUAAAACACAACACAGGCCGCAGAUACACAGUCUGAUCUGCUGUUAGUCAAACUGAACAAAACUUUCUGUUUCAUGUUUGUACUCUCAGGAGCAGCAUUAGGCCCCCUGCUGGCUGGCGUGUUGUCUGCAGGAGGCUGGGAUCAGGUCUUCUACAUGCUGAUGACCGCUGAUUUCUUCGCUCUGCUGGUGAGUUUCUUCUUAAACAAAAACUAAAAUGAUAACUUAGGUAAUGGAGGAAAUAUUGACGCUGAAAUUUGACCUCUCAGCGGUAAAAUAUUGGGAGUUCUUAAGAGCUCAAACAGUCGUUUAGUUUCAUGUUUGACUUUGUUUCGUGUCUGUCUGCAGCUUUUGCUUCGGCUCGUCACGAAGGAGCUGGUCUCUUCUAAAUCCCGUCCGAGCUCUGCUGUAGAGUGAGUCCCAGUAUAUUUAUUUCCUUUAUAUUUAUUCUUAUUUAACUUAAAUUUAAUCAGGAUAUUAAAAAGGGAAACAUAAGGACAGCAAGCUUUUGAAAAAGGUGUUAAUGUUUGUUUCUACUUCACAGGUUAAAGGAGCAUUGA